AUGGACAUUGAUCUUUCAUAUGGUGACCUUGAAGCUCAUUCACUUGAUACGGUUGUGCCGAAUCAUGAAAUCGUCCGAACGUUCAACGUUUCCGGCAACAGUAUACCUCCCGAUGUCUUUGUGGAUAUGGUGAGGGAACAUAUCGUUCGCAUGAAGAAACUGGAGGAACUUGACGUCAAGAACAAUCGAGUAGGCCCCCCUGGCGCGCAGUGCCUCUGCAAGGCCCUCAUUCGGCAUUGUCCCAAACUGCGUUACCUUGAUAUAAGCGAAAACAGUAUCCUCGAUGAAUCCCUGGUGGAUGUCGCAUAUUUACUUGACCAAGGUUGUAUCGAAACACUUUUACUGGUGAACUCUCACAUAACCCCGCGUGGAGUGCCAACUCUCUGUGAUGGACUCCUCAACAGCAAGUGCAUCACUAAUUUGUCCCUUGCUUUCAAUAUGCUUGGUGAUGCGGGAGCCUCACUCCUCGCCCGAGCACUCGGAGCUCAUCCGACGCUGCGCUCGCUCGACAUUAGUGACAACCGCAUCGGAGAUGAGGGAGCCAUUGAUAUCGCCGAUUAUCUUUUUCUCUCUCCCUACUCGAGGCUAGAGAGUGUUUUUCUAUCCGUCAACGUCAUUGGCGACACGGGUUUCAGCGCCAUCGGGGAGGCGUUGUCUCGCACUAGCAACACUCGCCUCUCACACUUAGACCUUGGAUGCAAUGCUAACGUCGGGCCCGAGGGAAGGUGCGCAUUUAUUCAUUACGUGGAGCACAUGCGCCAUCUCUACUCGUUGGAUUUGUGCUCCUCCAAUCUUUCUGAUGAGGAUAUGCAGGCGCUAGUACAUGCAGUGCUUUCCCCAACGUGUGGUAUCGGACUGAUUGAGUGGUACAACAACCCUGACGUCCGCCUUUCAACGGAAAUUGAAUUGGAUGCGGCACUUAAAACAAAGAGAAGCGACCGGGAGAUUAGGGACAUGCGCACGCGGCGGUUCUGCGUUGCUGCUGCCAGCGUCUUCAGUGUUGUUGCGUUAACCUACCUUGGCUCCGUGCUGCUUAAAAGGAGGCGGGUCGCAGCGCGCUGA